CUAUUAACUCUGACUGUAUAAUAAUAAUAAUAAUAAUAAUAAUAAUAAUAAUAAUAAUAAAAGAUUGUCAAUUUAUGUCACAUUUUCCUGUAUGUGUUUUUAAUAUUAUCUUUGGUGAUGUAAAUCCGUUUAUUUCUUUUUGGUUACAGUUUAGUUACAGUACACCCGGAACUAUUUGUGUCUGAUUCCACAGAGGACAUCGGAGCCAUUUAUCGGUGCACCGCCGAUCUUCAGCCGUGGGGGGGAAAUAAACAACCAUCCAAUAAUAACACCUUUUGCACUGCGAAUAGACAGAAGAUGGCGCUGCGAGCUUGUGGCUUUAUAGUGUUCCGACGCCUCGCCAGCUGCAUUCCCCCACCAGGCAACAUCGAGUAUCUCCUUUUGCAGACUUCUUACGGGCAACACCACUGGACCCCACCCAAAGGUCACGUGGACCCGGGGGAGGACGACCUCACCACAGCUCUGAGAGAGACCAAGGAGGAGGCCGGGCUCGGAGCGGAGCAUCUGCGGGUGGUGGACGGCUUCCUUCAGGAGCUGCGCUACGAGGUGCGAGGCCGACCCAAGGAGGUGCUCUACUGGCUGGCCGAACUGAAGGACCCAGAGACGGCCGUGACUCUGUCUGACGAGCACCAGGACUACCGCUGGGCCCGGCUGGAGGAGGCCUGCGCUCUGGCUCAGUACAAAGACCUUCAGGAGACACUGAGAGCGGCACAGAGACAUUUAGAGGCGCAGCAGAACAAACAGUGAUGUGUCAGAAUGUAGACUAGAAAAAAGGGGGACGGUUAAUGAAAGGACAUAAGUAUGUGGGACCCUACCUUCUUCUACUAGAGCGUUCAAAUACAAAAAAAAAAAACAGUCUGAUGUAAAGAACGUAUGUCAUGUACUUCCCAAAAACUGUAAGUCACGUGUAAUGGGAAUAAAAACAUAAAAUAUGUCGAUUUCAAUGAAAAUAAACUGAAAUACUCGCCACAGUCACAUCAGAAGUGGGACUGGGGUCUUGAUUUAA